UGGGGGGGGAACAACCCACUGGAAGAGUGUGCAUUUGGGAGCGGUGGUGGGGAUACAGCCACCUCUCUCCACUCUUGCUGUCUCUGGUGUGGCUGAUGAGAGCAGCCUUGGGGGUCUCUACACACACCAUGAUGGCGAUGCUAUAGCUGAUGGAGGUGAAUGGUUCGUGUUUAUAUCCCCCGUUGCCUUUUGUUUGUUAGGGACAUCUUGCUGGCCAUGUUGAUUUAAACGAAAUUCUCCUCCCCCCAUCCCACCCUAACCUCCAAUAAAUAGAACGUUCCAUCGUUCCUCUCAACUGUACCAAUUACUCAUGCCUCGCGAAAUUAGAUGAAAGGGUGCCCCCUUUUCUCCGUUUUUUCUCCCACCCCAAUCUUUACCUGAUGAUGGCUCCUUUACCAAAGCACAUAUACCACUACACAAGCUGUUGGGGGAGGGCUGGUGGAACCCUUAUGAUUGGAUUGUGACAAAUGGGGCUCUGCUUGAAUAAUUCUGGUUUAGUAGCAGGCAGGCAGGCAGUUCUUAACUAACGCAUAUUAUUUAGAGGCUCUGAACACGGUAUUCCCUUCUCUGGCUUCCUGUGUGCAAACCAAACAGCUGGUUAUAGCACAAGAGAGAACCAGCAUCUCUGUCAGAGUGGAGAUUGGGCUAUGCAAUUGCAAAUCUUCAGGAAGAUUUAGAAAUUCUUUUUAUAACCAAUAAAAAUUAUUUUUUUCUCCAUUAUGAUGAAGUAACUUCUAGAACAAGCAGACCACUACCUUUGUUUCUGGACUCACACUCUCUCUCUCUCUCUCUCUCUCUCUCUCUGUGUGUGUGUGUGUGUGUGUGUGUGUGUGUGUAUACACAUGCACACGCGCAUAUGCGCGCAAAAGCCUCACUGGAAGAUCUUUUUUCCCUAGUAACUUUGGAGUGUUAACAUAUGAAGAUUUUUGUACAAGAUUUGAGUAUUUGUUCUUUUAAGUUUGCUUCUUAUUACUAACUCGUUUAAGACAGAAAAUUAUAAGAAUACCCCCCCCCCCUUUUAAAGACAAGGUUCGAUAUGUUGCAGAGGUUGGCCCAGAACUCACUGUGAGGCUUUGAACUUCAGAGAUCCUCCAGCUUCUGCAUCCUUAGUGCUGGGAUUAAAGGCAUCCACCAACAUUCCCGGCUUGGAUAGUUUCAUUUAUCCCAAUUUCAGACUAUUGAUUUCACAGAGAAAGCCUCAGAAAUUUGACAUUUUGGAGAUCACCAACUUGCAUAAAAACAAACAAAAAAACAGCUCAAGUGUGUGUGUGUGUGUUAUGUAAUUGGUUUUCUAACCAUCACUAUGUUGUCAUCUUUUUUGGUUUUGAUUUUGCUUUUGCUUUGAGGCAGGGUUUCUCUCUGUAGCCCUGGCUGUCCUGGAACUCAGUCUAUAAAGCAGGCUGGCCUCAAACUCAGAACUCAGAGAUCUGCCUGUCUCCUGCUUCCCAAGUGCUGGGAUUAAAGGCCUGUGCCACCCCCACCCCCUAUGGCAUUGUUGUUAUCAUCUUUGCCUCCUAAUUCUUAUUUUUAGGAGUCCAUUUGAAAAAUAGCUGGCCAGGUGUUUUAUGCAUGGACCAUGUAGUAAGGCUUGAAAACCUCGUGGGGAAAGUACAUGCAAAGAAUAAAGUACCUUUGUUCUUUCUGUGUUGAGAAAGUGCCUUUGGGGCCAGGCAUCGUGGCCCAUACCUUUAAUCCCACUUGGGAAGCAGAGGCAGGUGAAUCUCUUUUUGAGGGUAAGCUAGUCUACCGGAAGUUCCAGGAUAGGCAGAGCUAAAACAAAUAAACAAAAAGAAAAAGAAAGAAAGAAAAAAAAGUGCCUUUGGGGAUAGAGGAGAUUCCUGGUGUGGGUCUUGUUAGGUAAAGUUACUUUUACAAAAGUGAGCCAGUAUCACACAGACACUGAACACUUAAUGGGAAGUGGGAUUUUUCUAAAACUGGUCUCCAUUUUUUUUAACCCUCUCUAAAAGCUACUUGAGAUUUUCCAGAGGACUUGUUUUCCACUCUUAUGUUUCUGUUGUAUAAUUUUUCAAAUUAUAGUAAGUGUUUUGACACAUUGGUGUGUCAUUGCGUGUGCCUGAGUAAAUCUUAGAGGAGCUGUGAUAGAUUACUUAGCUGGUGGUAGCUGUGUUAAAAGUUCUGUUAAGGCUUCAUUGUGGUUAGAUUUACUGUUCCUGUUUUGGAGAGCAGGGUAGAUGAUAACGGGAAUGCAUAUGCUUCUUUGUGCAGUGAAGUUUGGAAGAUAUUCCUUUCAGGAAUUUUUUUUUAGGGUGUGUGUGAAAGAUAUUGAUUCUAUAUCAUAAUAAAAUAGGGGAAGUCUAAAUAAUUAGGAGAACCCUGGAUUUUUUUUUUUAUUUUAGAGUUUUAAAUGAAAAUACAGAACUCUAUAGAAAUUGCUGAGGAAAUUCCUUAUCCCAGUUCACAGCCUACAUUAGACUGUGCUGUGGAUUGUAUUCAUAAUUAUUUUCCUAAUGGCCCUGUUAGUGAAUCCUUUUACAUCUAUAGUGAUUCUGCUAAGAUCAGAUGGGAAAAACAGAUCCAAAGCUCCUAUAGGGAUAGUGCAAGCUUGAAGAUAUUGCCAGUACCAAGUAGAUUGAGUCAUACAUAUCAAAGUGAGUUCUCUGUGCACUUCUGCUUAUGAAAAAAGAUCAAUUUUUCAUUAGCGAAAUAUCCACAAGUGAUUUUUGGGAGACUGUGAAGGGUGAAGGCAUUUCCAAAUGAUCUUGGUAGUGAUAACCUGUCAGUUUCAUUGUAGCUACUCUGAUUUGGUGGUGGUGGUGUUUUUUUGUUUUGUUUUGUUUUUUUCUUCUUCUUCUUCUCUGUGAGCUCUGGCUGACCUGGAACUUGCUAUGUAGAGGAGGCUAAUCUCCAACUUACAAAGAUCUGCCUGCCUCAGUGCUGCCUCUGGAGUACUAUAAUUAAAGGUGUCACCAUGCCUUUAAAAAAUAUUUUAUUAAUUUAUUUUUUACUUUUUAGACAGUUCCCUUGCCUUUAAUACUAGUAACUCAAAAGGUUAAGAUGUAACUAAUGUGAGUUCUAGUCCAGCCUGGGUUUACAUAGCAGAACUUCAUCUAGAAACUAAAUCAGGUUAAAACAAAAGGGAAAAAAAAGCCUCAAGACAACAAAACAGCCUAAAACAGUGGUUCUCAACCUUCUUAAUGCUUUAGUACAGUUCCCUAUGUUGUGGUGACUCCAACCAUAAAAUUAUUUCUUUGCUCCUUCAUAACUAUAAUGUUGCUACUGUUAUGAAUUGUAAUUUAAAUAUUUGAUGUUCAGGAUAUCUGAAAAGCCACUCCUGUGAAAGGAUCUUCUGCCUCCAAAGGGUUGGGUCGAUACUCACAGGUUGAGAACCUCUGGCAGCAAAGAAAAAAACACAAUAAUAACAAAAAUAAACAUUUUUCUUUUAGAGUCAGGAUUCACUUUGUAGUUUAUGAUGGCCAGGAAUUGACAACCUUUUUGCCUCAGUCUCCAGAACGCUGGGAUCUCAGCUACCACACUCACCUUCUGAAGUCAUUAUUUUUUCUUAAAUGUCUUUUGUGUUAAAACUCAAGUUAUAUUGCUAUUUUAACUCAUAGACGGAGCCGUGGGAGGGAAGGAUUCAUCACUUUCAGGGAGUAAAUAAUGGAACCCAAUGAGAAGGGAAGCAUACUUUUUAAAGUUAUCUGCUGUGUAAGCAUAUCAGUAAAUUUUGUUGUCAUAUCUGUCUCUUUAUUUUCAACAAAUAACCACUUAGUUUUGAUCUCUGUGGUGUAAUUUGUCUGCUUUUAUUUCACAUAGAAGCAAGUAAAUCUGACAUUUUAUUCAUGGAUUUGAUUUUAAUCUCUCUGACUUGCUUUUAUGAAGUGCUGCAUUAGAUGGCUUUUGUUUUAUGUCACUUCUUGGGAACAGUAUUUUAAAACAAUUUGAAAAACACUUAAGUUUUUAAGUAGUUCAUGUAAUUGUUUUGAAAUAUUGCUGCCUUUUCCUUGCUGGUUUUCUCCAGGAGAUUGCAUUGUCUUUCUCUUCCAGGAGUGUCUCCUAAUCCCCUUUGAUUGCAGUAGCUGAUUAACCUUGGGUUUCUCCUGGUGAACUCCAUCAGCAUGCUGUUCCAGGGUUCAUGCUGAGGCUUUUGAUUUCAGUGUAAUUUGUACCCUUUCAUGCUGGUAACUAGGAGUAAGAAAAUAAAGUGGGUUGUGGUUGUAGUGGGAUCUAGGGAGAAGUAUCUACUUCAGAAUGGGGGAUUUUAUAAGCUGUAGCAUACUAAAAACUAAACAAGAACUUGGUUCAUUACUUCACAGAAUUGAUGGUACUGUUUUCUUAAGUGUUCAGCUCUGUCACUAAGCAUUUAUUUUUUUUGGGAUAGUGGUCCUAGGUAGCCCUGGCUGGCUUUUAAACUCACUGUGUAGCUGAAGACAAUCUUGAACUCCUGAUGUUGCUUCUUUUACUGUUUGAAGAAUACUUGAUAUCUUAGUUUUGUAGUGCUAUUCAGUUUAUAAUGUAGCACACACAUUUGCUUUUUGCAUAGUUCUUUGAAGUAGGAGAGGAAUGAAAGAGGUAAGGAAGCCUAGAAAGGGCAAGUUUUACCAACCUCAUUGGCAAGAACUUGUGUUUGAGUCUUCAAUUUCAAAGCUCUUCUCUCUCUCUCUUUUUUAAAUUGGAUUUUUAAUUUACAUUUCAAAUGUUAUCCCCUUUCCCAGUUUCCUGUCCAUAAACCCCCUAUCCCAGGCCCCCUCCCCCUUCUUCUAUGAGGCUGUUCCCCCUCCCAUCCACCUAUCCCUUCCUGAAAGCUCUUUUCAGUAGGUCUCCCUAAAGAUGCCAGGGUGGUCCUAGAGGUGUUUAAGAUGUCUAGCCCACCAAGAAUUGUAGUGUUGCUAAGAUGUUUCCUUUAGUUCUAUGCCUGGAUAUUUUGGGGGGACACUAUGCAUUUUCACUGUAUAGCCUUGGCUGGUCUGUAUCUUACUAUGUAGACCAAACUGGCCUUGAACUCAACAAAAAGCUGUCUGCCUUUCACUCUAGAGGGCUGGGAUUAAGGUGAGUGCCAAAGUGCCUAGUUUGUUUUUCUUCUUUUCUUUCUUUCCUUUCCUUUCCUUUCCUUUUUUUUUUUUUUUUUUUUUUUUUUGGAGACAGGAUUUCUCUGUGUAGUCUGUGUAGACCUGGCUGUUCUGAGACUUACUCUGUAGACCAGGCAGGCUGGCCUCAAACUCAGAGAUUCCCCCUGCCUCUGCCUCCUGAGUGCUGGGUUUAAAGACGUGCACCACCACUACCACCCAGCUAGUUUUCUUUCUUCUUCCUUCUUUUUCUUUUAAAUUUGAGGUUUUAUUUGUAUUUUAUGCCUUUGAGUGUUUGCCUGGAUGUAUAUCUAUGCAUUACUUCCAUUCAGUGUCCACAGAGGCCAGGAGAGGGCAUUGAAUCCCCUGAAAUUGGAGUUACAGGUUGUUGUCUCUGCCUUGUGGGUGCUAGGGAUCAAACCUGGCUUCUGAAGAGCAGUCAGCUCUUAGCUAGCCAUUGAAUUGUCUCUCCAAGCCCCGACUGUUUGGCUUUUUGAGACAGUCUCACUCGUACUAAGACUAAGCAUGGCAAGUUUUGCAAUUACUAUUUUGCUUGGAAAAAAAUUUUUUUUACAAAAUACUAAAAAGAAGACAGAAAAAUUGCACUUAUAAUUCUAGCUCUCAGAAAUACUAUGGUUAACAUCUGGACAUCUAUCAAUGCAGACUUUUGGUGAUUGUAGGUAUGUGUAUAUUAUUACAAGAAAGAAUCACAGUAUUAAAUUGGAUGUAUGUAUGUAUUUUUUUAAGAUUUAUUUAUUUUAUGUAUAUGAGUACACUGUCGCUGUCUUCAGACACACCAGAAGAGGUCAUCAGAUCCCAUUACAGAUGGUUGUGAAGCACCAUGUGGUUGCUGGGAUUUGAACUCAGGACCUCAGGAAGAGCAGUCAGUGCUCCUAACCACUGAGCCAUCUCUCUAACCUGAAUGUAUGUUUUUUUGAGACAGUUUCUCUUUAUUAUGUAGGUCUGGCUGGCCUCAGACUCCUAGAAAUCUACCUUCUUUUGCCUCCCCAGUGCUGGGAUUAAAGUUGUACACCAUUGUGGCCAGCAUACAUAUGUAUACACAGGCCCGGUAUACAUACACACAUAUAUUAAUAUUGUUGCAUAUAGCCCAGGCUGUCUUUAAAUUCCCUGUGUAAUGAAGGCUGACCUUGAGUUCCUGAUCCUCUCUACCUUCCAUGUGGGGCUGAUAGGCAUGCCUGAUGUAUGUCAUGCUGGGAUUGAACUCGGUAUCAUGAAUGUUAAGCAAGUAGUUUAUCAUCUGAACUAUAUCCACAGCUGAUACUUUUUAUUUGUAGUCUGUUAUUUUUUUUUGACAAACCUUUCAAGUUUGUAGAUAUAUAUCCAGGUUGCUUUCUAUUUUGUUUUUCUAGUAGCUCAACAUUAUACAGUUGGUUCUGUUUGGGGAGGGGCCUGGUAUGGAACCUGUCUUGUAAUUUUCAUGCUUUGGCAGAUAGCCUGUGUAAAGUUUUGCAAAUGAUUUUUAACACCACAGACCUUUGAGCUGUGUAGAGAGCAGUGCAGCUGUUUUUCCGAUUCAGGUGCCCUAAGUGGAGUGAAUUAGUAGCUUUUAGCUUAUUUCUUGUUUUACCUUCAUUGUUCCUAUUUCUUUUAUGUGUCAGGUGAGAUUACAUUUGAUAAAGAAUGAACUCCAUGAUGAUAAAGCAUAUUUAAUUGAUUUCAAGUUUGUUUGAUUUUGGAAAUUAUAUUAAAGUAAUCAAAUAUGGUGAGUUUUGUGCUUUAGGUGCUUGUCAGUUUUAAAUGGCAUGUUGAAACUGUGUUGAACAUUAAUAGAGAAAAAGUGGAAAUGAGAACAACUUUUCAUUUUUAAUGUGAAAUCAGUGUUGCCAUGGUUUUAAAUUGGUAGGUAAUGCUGUUUGGAGGAGCUAGUUAUGGAAAGGUUACAUAGGCUGUGAAAAUAUUUUUCUAUUUUAAGAAGAAACCUUUUUGGGUUAUGGUAAUUAAUAAGUGCACAUGUAAGUUAAGAAGGCUUUUUUCUUUUCGAGGCUCUGUCACCGUGUAGCCCAGGCUAGUCUCAAACUCAGGGUUUUCCUUCCUCGUCAGGCUCCUGACUGCUGGGAUUGCAGGUGUGUGCUACCACCCCUAGUGAGUGCAGUUAUCUGCCAAGCUGUGAUCCCUGGAAGGAACUGAGCGAUGAGGUUAAGCUGCGGAAUGGAUUGUGUUUGUUGGAAAUUUGCUUAUUACUGUUCUUUGUAAGUAGGCAGCAGAAGUUUUUGAAGUACUUAGUUGUUUUGUCCUAUAAGUGUGGAUGACCCAGGAUUUAGGCUUUGGCUUAGGAUGGCUACAGAGUGAUUUACAGAAGACGCCUGAGGCGGGCCUGUUCUGUGUAGUCAUCGAUGACUCUUAGGGCAGCCACUACAGUGCAGGCUGUGGCCGUCUUGAGGCUUUAUGGGAGGGUAUAGCUCCCUCCUGUGCAUAGCCUAGCACAGUUGUCCUCCUUAGGCAUCCCUCCUGUGCUAAGGCUUCUGAGCCCUCCACUUUUGGUUUCAGUGGUCUCAUGUGAAAAGGCAGAAAAGCCUUUCCUUCAGACUUUCCUCACACUGGAGAAACCACUUUUUUCCUUUAAAUCAAGAAAAUGAACCAAGUAUGAGCGUUUUGAACAGGAAGCAGUUCUGGAUGCUGACAGCACUGGUGCAGAUUCUGCAGGAUUUGAAAACAUCACUUCUUAUCUUUUCUUACCUUCAGUUUCUUUUUUUGGUUGCAAUGUUAAUUUCACACAAAAAGUUCCUUCACCCUGUGUUUUCUAUCUUUCUAGGGCUGGUAGCAUACACCUUUAAUCCCAGCACUUAGGAGGCAGAGGCAGGCAGAUCUCUGAGUUUGAGGACAGCCUGGUCUAUAGAACAAGUUCCAGAACAGCCAGUUAUAUAGAGAAAUACGGUGUCACCCAACAACAUCCCCCCUCCCCCAGUAACCCACAAAAAUUUCAGUGAAAGAAACAAAAAAUUAAAAAAACAAAAACCUUCUGGGGCUUUGCCUAGAACAGUCAGUCUUAGGUGGUUUAAUACUCAGGACUCUCUCCAGUUUGACCUGAGUCCAUUUUUUGUGUGUUGUACUUUCUUGGCUGUAGCAGGAAAGCCUGUGAUUUGAAGAGUAGAGUUACUCAUUUGCUCUGUCAUUGACUAGUGUUCUGUCACUGUCUAGUAGAUGUUUACUAUCUUUCAGCUUAACAAAUUAUGUUACUAUUCAUUCUUGUCGGGAGCCAAUGCACAUGUCUGCCGUGGUGGUCUAAAUUAGAAUUGUUUCUAGACAGCGCCUUGUCUUUACUGUUUCCCUGUUGUUUCUUAGAUUAACUUGGAUAGCCUGUCCAGGAUAAUUUAUUUUGGAUUUGGACCAUAUGUGUACCUGUUGGAUAUCUUGGACCUGGGGUGGUGGGUGGUUAUUAAGAACCAUGUUUAACAUUUGAGUUACUCAUUGACUUCAGUCCCAAUUGCUGCAAAAGGAAAACAGGAAGUUCUUAAGUGCUUGUUUUGGUGUCUUGAAACUGUGUUUUGCUGUGUAUUGUUUUGCUGUGUAUAAUAAUCUUGCCUCAGUUUCCCACAUGCUGGGACUACAAGACUAGGGUGCUUGAUACUUUGUUAUGCUGUUGUUGAAAAUAAUCCCCCCCAAAUCACUAUCUCCCCCCCUUCCCUCUCUCUGUUCUGAGAAUCAAAUCCAGGGUCUUGUGCAUGCUUAAGCACAUGUUCUACCAUUGAGCUGUUUAUCUAGCUGUACCACCUUUAAUGUAGCUAGUCCAGUAUUAGCGUUGGGGUUGGAUUUAAAGAUCGAUGUGACAGGUCCGGGCAGUGGAGGUGCGCACACCUUUUAAGUCCCGCAGAGGCGCAGAGGCGCAGAGGCAGGCCAGAUCUCUUGAGUUUAAGGCAGCUGGAUCUACAGAGUGAGUUCCAGCAUGACCAGAGUUACACAGAGAAACCCUGUCUUGAAAAAAAACAAAACAACAAAAAGUAGAUUUGAUGAAUGUAACAGUGAAGGAGGUGUUGGCUUAAGAAGAAGUGGGUUGUGGCCUUAUGAGGUUCUGGCAGUGAACAACAAGACACUUCUGCAUUUGAGUUUCUGAAUGUGAGCGAGUUUGUUUCUAGUUUCAUGGCACAGUGCUUAAAAUAGAACUUAGCAUGCUAACUUGUACUUAUAUGGUGAAUUUAAGGUGUCUUCUUAAAACACUGUCACAUGGGUCUUAUUCUUAAGGAUCAGGUAAGUUUCAGAGUAAAUAUAUAGUUUAUGUUUUUAAGAUUUUAAAGUAUCUCUCCAAAGGUUAUUUUUUUCCUAUUUUUAAGGUGCUUUAUUUAUAUCAUAGUAUCUUUUUAGUUGACAUGUACUUACACAUAUGUAUGAGGUAAAUAUAUUUCCAGUAUUUUAAAAUCAUUGUGGCUGGGAUGGUGGCUCCUUCGAUCACCAGUACUCAGGUGACUGGGACAGCUGGAGGCCAGUCUGGUUUACAUAUGUAGUGACUUCAGACCAGCCAGGAGUUCACAAUGAGACCCUGUCUUGAAGAUAGAUAGAUAGAUAGAUAGAUAGAUAGAUAGAUAGAUAGAUAGAUGGAUGGAUGGAUGGAUGGAUGGAUGGAUGGAUGAGAGAGAGAGAGACAGAGACAGAGAGAGAGAGAGAACACAAAGUCAUUGGUGUAUAUUCCAGGUUUCUGCAAGUUACCCAGAAAAGGGCCAAGGAGGAGGAGUUGUCAGGCUCUGACACUUGACAAAGGACAUGGCCUGGGCAGCUAAGGAGAGGAGGGUUACUUUGGCUCCUGAUUUCAGGGGGUUCAGCUCAUGUUUGCUCCAUUACAGUAGGCCUGUGGUGGAGCAAAACAUCAUAGUGGCAGGAGCUGAUAGGAGAGCCACCAGAGAGAGGAGGGGUCCAGGGAUAAGGCACCCUUCAAAAGCACCUCUUGGUGACUGACUUCUUCCAUCACUGCCCCACUCAUAAGGUUUCUUCCACUGGUUUCUAAAAUAGUACUGCUGCCGGAGAACAAGCUUCUGAACUCAUAUCCAAACCAUAACGUUUCAUGCUUAGAACUUGGAUUAUAGUGUGGUAGCUAGUAUUUGUUUAUUAUUUACAAAGUGUUGCAUUCUUCCAUUCCUUUAUGUGUUGAAUGUGAGAUACUUGAGAAUAUAUAUGAUUAAUUACUUAAGCAGAAAAUGUAUGUGUUUUGUGAUUAUAAGUCAACUAUUAACCAUCUCAGGGUUUGUUUCUCAGACUCCUGAUGUUUCCCUGGGUAUCUCUAGGUCAAAACCAUUUUUCUAGUACCAGUAGAACAUUGUUUGACAUGCUGAAAAUUCUAACAUCAGUGGUAAAUAAAGCUAUUGUGAUUUGCAUGAUCCCUGCUGUGGUGUGACUGAGUUAUACCGGUGGUAUAUUCUUCCUCAUCAGACUUUUGGAUUGAAAAAGAUAAAUGCUUUAAAGAUAAAACAAACUGAACAGGUUAUGUGGCUGGGUAGUAGAGUGCUUGCCUAGUUUGCCUGAUGUCCUCAAUGUGAUUCUUAACUCUUAAGACACUCUCUCUCUCUCUCUCUCUCUCUCUCUCUCUCUCUCUCUCGCACACACAUAGUGUGACAUGGAAGGUAGGAAGACUGACUGGUUACAUUUUUAAUACCCUUGAUGAAGAAAUAAAAGUUAGUGAUUUGUCAUUGAACCCCUCUUUGCUUACUUUCUAAAGCAUGUUUGAAGUGCUUCUCCUGAUAGCAGGCCUGAUUAUUAGCUCAGAAAAAGGCUUUGUGCAGUUGUUGAGCAGCAAACUAAACUAGCUGCCUUUCUAAGUAAAACACUAUUUUUAUUUGAAAUAAUUGCUUGGCAAAGUAUGGUUAUACAGAAUGGGUGGUAUUUGGCAUACAUUUUCUUGAAAAUAAAGUGAGCCUGUCACUACAAGGAAAACAACUGACAGUAUUCAUUGCUAAUGAUAAAAUUUAAGCUUUCAAGGGGAAAUUGAAUUUUGGAAAACUACUGCACUUGCCACUAAGGGUUUGACAGAUUCCACACUUGACUCCUUUGAUGCAGUUGGUGUGAUCUGAGUAAGUGAGCUACACUUCUGACAGUAGUGGGCUGCAUCACAGUUUGAAGAAGUGUGGAACUGGGCAAACUCUCGGUUGUUCUGAGACUUCAGGUAGCCUAGGCUGGCUUUGGACUGUGGAUAUAGCUCAUCGUGACCCUUCUGCCUCUUUUAGGUGUGGAAUCACCAUGCUUGGCUGAACUCAAUAUUUUUUUAAAUAACCAGUGGAUGGUUUUAAAAAGUCAUGUAUGCGUAAAAAGAUCAAUUGGAAUGGAGGUUAGAUCAAUGAAUUUUGUUUGUUGAGAUAGGAUUUCAUGUAGUCCUAGCUGGUUUUAAGUUUGUUUUUGUUGUUCUUGUUGUUUUGAGAAAGGGUCCCAGGCUAGCCUCAAGUUCUCUAUUACCUAAGGUGACCUUGAACUUGUGAUCAUUCCAUGUUCACUUUUAAAGUGCUAGGAUUAUAGGUGUAUAUUACAGUGCUUGGUUUGCGUAGUGCUAGAAAUUGAACCCAGGUCUUCAGAGUUUCCUGCUAGGCAAACACUCUACUAAAUAGAGCUUUAUUCCAGGCACUGAUCUCCGACCUCCUCUUUGCACUACCAAGUGCUGGUGUUACAAAUGUGUACCAUCAUGCUUUGAAAUGACUUUAGUUUUUUGAUACAGAGUUUCUCUGUAUAGCUCUGGCUGUCCUGGUUCUUGUAGACCAGGUUGGCCUCAAACUCAAAUAUCCAUCUGCCUUUGUCUCCCAUGUGCUGGGAUUAAAGGUAUGCACUACCACACCUGAUUUUCAAAGUGACUUUUAAUAAAUAACAAAUGUUCAUUGUUAGGAUUUCAGAUCUUGUAUUGGAACAGCCUUUAAGAAAUUGCUGUUUGGGGGCUGGAGAGAUGGCUCAGAGGUUAACACACUAUCUGUUCUUCCAGAAAACCUGAGUUUUUUCCCCAGCUAAGCCAUCUCUCCGUUUUACUCAUUACUGUUGUUGUUGUUGUUGUUGUUGUUGUUGUUAGUUUGUUUGCUUGUUUUGAGACAGAGUCUCACUAUGUAGUCCUGGAACUUGUUGUAUAGUCAAGGCUGGCCUUGCAAUCAGAGAUGUCUACCCAGUAUUGGGAUGAAAAGCGUGUCUCAUUGCACUUGGCUCAUUAUAGGUUUGUGAUUUUAAUGGAUAACUGGGAGUUGUGACUAUAAUGACAGGGGGUGGUUGGCUGAAUAGGGCUGGCAUGGCAGCGACCUUUGCCAUUGGAACUAGAAGGGCGGCCACUUCUGGGGCUAGCUUUGGUGGCAGGAUCUCAGCAGGGCCCAGAGAGUAGCCUUCAGCAAUGCGGGAUGGAAAUUGAGGACUUAGAAAGUCUGGUAGAAACAUUUUGAGAGCUCUGGGCCAGAGUCUGCCCAGUUCGACUGAGAUGAUACUCUGCAGGGCCAUGUGGCCUAUGUUGCCGGUGAUAUUGAGGGUUGGUGUCUUGUUUUUUAUUUAUAUCAUUUACUACAACACAGGUUUAAAUGAUUAAUUUUUUAAAAAGUUUUGCUGGAUCUGGUGGUAUAUAAAUUCAAGACUUGUCUGACCUACAUAUACAUAGUAAGACUCUGUCAAAGAAGUGUACAAGUGAAUGCAAGUCUGUGCUAGCUAGUUCUGUGUCACCUUAACAUGAACCUAGAGUCAUUUGGAAGAGCAAACCUUAACUGAGAAAAUGCUAUCACUAGAUUUACUUGUAGACAAGUUUCUAGUGCAUUUUCUUGAUCGAUGACUGAUGUGAGAGGGCCCUGCUCACUGUGGAUGGCGCCAACCUUUUAUCUUGGGUACUAUGGUACUAUAAGAAAGCAAGCUGAGCAAGCCAUAAGAAACAAGCCAGUAAGCAGCAGUCUUCCAUGGUCUCUGCAUCAGUUUCUAGCCAUGUUCCUGCCUUGCUUGAUUUCCUGUGCUGACUUCCCUCAGUGUUGGACUGUUAUCACAGGAUAUACUAGGAUGAAAUAAGAAACCCUUUCUUCCUGGAGUUGCUUUUCAGUCACAGUGUUUAUCACAGCAAUAGAAACCCUAAUUAAGACAAAAUACAAUGUUUUCUAGUUUGAUUUGUAAUACAGUAGAUUUUUCUUGUUGUCAUGGGGUUCAAACCCAGGGCCACUUCUAUGACUGGCAAAGAGCUCUACCAUUGAGCUUCAGUUCCAACCCUAGUAACACAGUAUUGAUGGAUUCAACACAAAGGGGAGGGAGUAUCUUUCAUUUUCAAGAAUAUAAAAACUGUGAUAAUGUAAGUAUUUUUUGAAGAAAAUAUGAAGUUAUACUACAGGGGUUUCUAGUUUCAAAUGAGACUAUCUCUUUUACUCCAUUUCUUACAUUUUUUUUAUAGUUUAAAAGACAAAAAACCAUUUGCUUAUAGAAAAAGCAUCUGCUAACAGGUUAGCCAGCCCACAGCGUUUAGUGAUGCGCUGUAUCUCAGCAGCUGGUGUGCUGAAUGAAUGUGCUGGAAGCGCUUUGGAUCGUAAGGUAUGAGGACUGUUUGCUUUUGUGUUGUUUAUUUUGUUUGUUUUUUGAGGUUAGGCUUCAACCCUGCAUUGUGUUUUUUCAGUGGGCAUGGAUGAGAAUUGUAUGGACAAAUGAGCAGUCUAUGAAAUGUGCUCUAACCCAAUUGUAGCUAAUAAUUUCCUCUCUAGCAGAGCUUAACUCUAGCAAAUAUAUCUGUGAUUGAUUUAUAAUUUACAUGUUUGUUUUCUUUCUCUCUCCCUUUUGGGAUGAAAGCCAAACAGCUGUACGAUUGGGUGCUUUUACGUUUUUGUCUACACUUUUUCCUCCCCAUUCUUUGACAACUUCAUUUACGACAAUGCAUAUAAUACAUUUAGGUCACCCCACCCUCUGUCUGCCCUUACGGUUCUGUCAUUCCAGCCCAUCUUUACUUCUCAGGAUGGGUUCUGAAAGACUGACUUUUCCUUUCUUCCAGUGUUUUUGUAGGAUUUUAAGACUGGAAGAAGACGAGAUGAGGUACAUGUCUAUAACUCUAGCACUUGAGUGGUUAAGGCAGAAGGAUUGCUGCAAGUUUGAGGUCAACCUAGGUUCCAUAGGGAGUCUAAGGCUAGCCUGGGAAAGACUGGAAAAGAAACAUUGGUCUACAUGUCCUUCUAAUGAGAUUUCACAGUAUUGUAGCCUCUUAAAGGUAAAAGACCUUUUAAAGAGUUGUGCAAUGGCUGGAGUGAUGAUUCAGCUGUUAAGACACUGGCUACUCUUGCAGAGGAUCCAGGUUUGAUUCCCAGUACCCACACGGUAACUCCCAGGAGAUCUCAUAACUCUUCUGGCCUUCACAGGCACACAAGUAGUGCACAGACACAAGUGCAGGCAAAAUAACUACAUAUAAAAAAUAAUUUUAAAAAGGGGGAGGUUAGAGGGAUUUUGGGAGAUGAUUUGGUGCUAAAAAGGGCCUUAGUUCAAGUCCCUAAAACCCAGGUUAAAAGCUAGAUGCAGCCAUGGGCCUAUGACUCCAAUACUGUGGAGAAUAGAGGUAUAAAACAGCUUCUUUGAGAUUGAAAUAUUCCAUCCUGCAAGAAAGCUCUUUAAUCAGGAAGGUAAACAACUCAAACAACUUAGGAAGUCCCUGAAACUCAUAUUCACUAGGGUCACCCCUGUCAGAGUAAAGGCUGAGAUUCCUUUUGAGACUAGCUGAACAGAGCUGUAAAGAAACUCAGACAAGCUGAGCUUCAAAGAAGACUGAGACCAGACCAGCUGCCUGGGAAAAAUAAAACCCAGUUGAGAUACUUAGAAGUUGUUUAGACCGAAGUCACCUGGAAAAGACACACACCAACUUGUUGAACUUUCUGAAGGCUAUGCCAUGUACUACAGAUUUCCUAAUUUUUGUGAGCUGUCAGUCAUUUGGGGUGGGUCUUUGGUGAUGCAACUGUUUUUGAGUUAUUUCUGCUCUUGUACGUAACCACUCACUCAUACUUCUGAAAGUAACCUCAGUAAAACUUAGGAUUGACCAAGUUGGAGUAUCUGUACUUUGUCUUUGGGUCCCUAUCUGGAUUGAAUAGACAUGUGUGUUGUGUUACUCCAAAGGGAAGGUUUGUCAUCAAUAGCUGGAGACUAGAGGAUUGCUAGACCUUAAUGGUUGGCAUCCUAGCUCUAGAUUCAUUGAGAGACGCUGUGUCAAGGGAAUAGGACAGAUGAGCAGAGUGGGAUACCCAGCAGCAGCAUCUGGCCUCUGUAAGUACUGGUUUCGUACAUGAUACACAUGUACAUAGGCAUAUACCACUCACAUAUCACAUGUACAACACACAAACACAAAACAUAGUGUUUUGCAUUUAACUGAACCAUGAUUAAAGAAAAGAACAUAAAGUUAGUGUAAUUAAAAACUGAAUUAAAAAUUUUUCAGUUGUACACAUUCAUUAUACAAAAUGCUGGUUUGAUGACAUUUCCAUGAAUGUAUAACGUACUUUGUUUACACACCCUCCCUGUCUUGCCUUAUAGUUCUACUCCUGCUGCUCCCCUUCCUAUCCUCAGAUAUUCCCUUGCACUCGAAUUGCAUGUGCAUGUGCACACUCUGGAUUCCACAUGUUUUGAGCUUGACUUAACAUGGUGCUUUCCAGUUUCAUCCAUUUCCUGUUACUCUUCUUUAUGAGAGAAUAAAACUUCAUUGUGAGUAUGCAUGACAUUUUCUUUACCUCUGCAUCUGUUGAUGGACAUCUAGGUGAUCCAGGGUUGGCUGUUGUGACUAAUGCCAUAAACAGGCUGUCUGCACAUACAUACCUCUGCUUUAUGCUGACUUAGUUUCCUUUGGGUAUACAUACCCAGGAGUGGUAGAGUUGGAUGACAAGCAAAUGGUUAUGAGCCUUAGAGUUUCUGAACUCCAAGUACUGUUGGGCUACGCUGGGAGAAACAAGCACGGACGCAAACACGAACUUCUUACAAAAGCCCUGCAUUUGUUAAAGGCUGGCUGUAGUCCUGCUGUACAAAUGAAAAUUAAAGAACUCUACAGGCGGCGGUUCCCUCAGAAAAUUAUGACACCUGCGGACUUGUCUAUCCCCAACGUACAUUCAAGUCCUAUGCCAGCGACUCUUUCUCCAUCCACCAUUCCACAGCUCACUUACGAUGGUCACCCUGCAUCGUCCCCAUUACUCCCUGUUUCUCUUCUGGGACCUAAACAUGAACUGGAACUCCCACAUCUCACAUCAGCGCUGCACCCAGUCCAUCCGGACAUAAAGCUGCAAAAGCUACCAUUCUAUGACCUGCUGGACGAACUGAUCAAACCCACCAGUCUAGCUUCAGACAACAGCCAGCGCUUUCGGGAAACCUGUUUUGCAUUUGCCUUGACACCACAACAGGUGCAGCAGAUCAGCAGCUCCAUGGAUAUUUCUGGGACCAAAUGUGACUUCACAGUGCAGGUCCAAUUAAGGUUUUGUUUAUCAGAAACCAGUUGUCCACAAGAAGAUCACUUCCCACCCAAUCUUUGUGUAAAAGUGAAUACAAAACCUUGCAGCCUUCCAGGUUACCUUCCACCUACUAAAAAUGGUGUGGAACCAAAGCGACCUAGCCGACCAAUUAAUAUCACCUCACUUGUCCGAUUGUCCACGACAGUACCAAAUACCAUUGUUGUUUCUUGGACUGCAGAAAUUGGAAGAACCUAUUCCAUGGCAGUAUAUCUUGUAAAACAGUUGUCCUCAACAGUUCUUCUUCAGAGGUUACGAGCAAAGGGGAUAAGGAAUCCGGAUCAUUCUAGAGCUUUAAUUAAAGAGAAGUUAACUGCAGAUCCAGAUAGUGAGAUAGCUACUACCAGCCUACGGGUUUCGCUGCUGUGUCCACUUGGGAAAAUGCGACUGACAAUUCCAUGUCGGGCACUUACCUGUUCCCACCUCCAGUGUUUUGAUGCAACUCUUUAUAUUCAAAUGAAUGAGAAAAAGCCAACAUGGGUUUGUCCUGUGUGUGAUAAGAAGGCCCCAUAUGAACACCUCAUUAUUGAUGGGUUGUUUAUGGAAAUCCUAAAGUACUGUACAGACUGUGACGAGAUACAGUUUAAGGAGGAUGGCUCGUGGGCUCCGAUGAGGUCAAAAAAGGAAGUGCAAGAAGUCACUGCCUCCUACAAUGGGGUCGAUGGAUGCUUGAGCUCCACAUUGGAGCAUCAGGUGGCUUCCCACAACCAGUCUUCAAAUAAAAACAAGAAAGUGGAGGUGAUUGACCUAACCAUUGACAGUUCAUCAGAUGAAGAGGAGGAAGAACCCCCUGCCAAGAGGACCUGUCCUUCCCUGUCUCCUACGUCACCACUAAGUAAUAAAGGCAUCUUAAGUCUUCCUCAUCAAGCAUCGCCUGUGUCCCGCACCCCAAGCCUUCCUGCUGUAGAUACAAGCUACAUCAACACCUCCCUCAUCCAGGACUACAGACACCCUUUCCACAUGACGCCCAUGCCUUAUGACUUACAAGGAUUAGAUUUCUUUCCUUUCUUAUCAGGAGACAAUCAGCAUUACAACACCUCCCUGCUUGCCGCAGCGGCAGCUGCGGUCUCAGAUGACCAGGACCUCCUGCACUCCUCCCGAUUUUUCCCGUAUACCUCCUCGCAGAUGUUUCUCGAUCAGCUAAGUGCAGGAGGGAGCACUUCUCUGCCAGCCACCAAUGGAAGCAGUAGUGGCAGCAACAGCAGCCUUGUGUCUUCCAACAGUCUGAGGGAGAGCCAUGGCCAUGGUGUGGCCAGCAGGAGCAGCGCAGACACGGCAUCCAUCUUUGGCAUCAUACCAGACAUUAUCUCGUUGGACUGACGCCCUCACCCUGCUGCUCCCACCCCAUCCCAGAUUAAAUGACUUGGCAGAAGAGAACUCUAUGCUCUGUUUUACCUUAUCCUGUUUAGAAAAGUAUACAGCGUGUUUUUUUUUUCCUUUUUUUUAGGGAAAAAAAAUUAAAAGAAAUGUACAGAGAACAAAACUAUAUUUUCAGUUUUACUUUUGUAUAUAAAUCUAAGACUGCCUGUCUGAUAAAACACUUGUUAAAAAAAAAAAGAAAAAGAAAAGAAAAAAACAAGCACCCACAAACCUUCAGUUCAUUUUUUCUGGAUUCUGAAGACUUUUCACCAUUUGUCCUAUGGUUUGGGUUUUAUUUUACUUCAAUGGCAUUAUCUUUCUUGCAAUAAUGGAAACAGUUGCAUGUAUGAGGUUAAAUCGUUGGCUUUGUUGUGGGGAAGGGGUUGGGAUAGCUUUGAUUUCCAUUUUUAAAAGUGACAGACUUGGAUUCUGUUUGUGUGUGUGUGUGGGUUUUGCCAGCCUUAAGUUAUGAAACUCGUCUAUCUCACUGCUUCCCCUUUGUUUUCAGAACAGAGCUCGUGUGUGUGUGUGUGUGUGUGUGUGUGUGUGUGUGUGUGUGUGUGUGCGCAUGCUCUCGUGUGCUGUGCACCUGUGUGUACUGUUCUGUCAUCACUGUCCCCUCCUCCUCAGUUUGCAUUUGCUUAAUAUCAGUUCCUACUUCUUUCAAAAUGUUUCCGAGGUCUUGAACUCUUGUGUGAGCAUCUUUCUCAACUCUCCCCAGGUGCAUGUUCUCCAUCACAGAUCCCCUGUGAUCUGCUGUCUACCCUCUACGAGUGUGUUUCCCAGAAGUGCUGGAGUAAAAGCUGCCUGGAUAAGCAAUCUGUGGGCAGGCCCUCGAAUGACAAUACACUUUGGUUGACUCUAAAUCUGAAUUGCCAGUGGUCCAUAUGUAAGCCAAGGCUGUGAGCACCUGCAUUUUGGCCAUAGGGUAACAAGUUUUCCUUGAGGAUCUUCAUACCGAAAUGGGAUCUGAAAGAACCCUCGUAGCCCCGUGGGGUGUGGAGUGCCAUUUGCAGCUGGCAGAGGACGUUCCAUUCCAUCGAAAGAAAAGGAAGGAAGGAAAGAAGUCAGUUACUCUAAAGUUAACAGUUCAGCACAUGUGGAUUCAUAGCAAAUCUAUUUGAUAAACAGUUGAAACUCAAAAAUAACCUUAGUUAUUUUGUUUUUGAGGCUCUGAGUAUACUUUUUAUUCUUAGCUGUGUUCUUUUUUUCCUUCACUUUUUAGUGGCAAGCAUGACAUAGGAAGCCUUUUUUUUUUUUUUAAUUGAAGAAUCGAUUGGUCUUACCUAAUCUCAAUAGCAGAAUAUGUAAAUAUAUUAAAAUGUUUUCGAGAUGAUUAAGGGUCAAAGGAAGGAACAAGUGCUUCUCAUACUUGAGCAGAGAAGAAAGCAUGCUCUUACAGUGGAGAAUAGAUGACGCGUGGCUAAUGGGGGGUGCGGGCCUAACUGCAGAGAGCCAAGGCAUGCCACCACCAGGUCCUGCAACUGGCUUUUUAGAUUACACCCUCGUGUUUUCAGAGUUGGUGAAGGACCAGCUUUGUGUAUAGUAAACUUGUUUUCAAGCCUUGCAUCAGUACAGAAGGACCGAUACUAAUCCAGGGAGAAGUCAAGAUGGCUGUGUCUUCAGUUAUAUGAUAAAGCAAGUGGUUCAUAUGACAGUGUGGCAUCUAAAAAUAAUAUGUUUUAUAGUGUCUCUCUGCUACUAAAAUGUCAACUUGAAUUUUUGAAAAAAGUUGGUGUUGAUAUGUAUAUGUGUGUGUGUGUAUAUAUGUAUUUAUAAAUAAGUGUGUGUGAGUAACAUCGUUGUCUUCCCCUACGCAUGUGUGUUCCACACAAACAGCUGUGUUAGAGUCACAAAACAAUUCGCAAUAAAACAAGACAUUUGUUGUCAGUUCAAACCAGAAAUAGUUACGUUUUUAAAUUCAUCUGGUGUUGUGAGUACAUGUUCUCCCAGUUCUCAUUACUGUAUUAAUUUAGACUCGUUUCAGAUACCAUAAUUUGUUGCAUUGGGAUUAGAAUGGGAAUCACUAAAAUUUUGAGGGGUUUCUGUUAAUAUAGCAAUAGGAAACAUUUUAUUAUUUUAACUGAGAUAGAAUGAAUAGUGUUCUUUGUCCUUGGUUUUGUUUGGUUGUUUUGGUUUGGUUUGCUUUUGGUUCUGUUAGUGGUUUUCGGAUAUUGAUCCAUAGUUUUUUGUGUCUGAUGCUAAAUUACAAACUUAGAACCAUCCAGUGUAAACCAGCUCUCUGCAUUCUUCAUGCCAGUUAUAGAGGGGUCACUCUCCUUCUGUGUCCUGCCUUGUACCAGCCUAAGGGGAAAGUGGGUAAUUGGAGAACUAGAUGUCCUGUGGCUCUGGUCAUGUCCCCACAGGAGAACAUGGUGGUCUAUGUAUUUUGUUCCUUCCACUUACUGAGGAGUUCAUUUCUUCAGUAUUGACUUUCUAAAAUGUUGCAUGUGGUCAAGGUGAGUCAGAGACUUUCCCAACCCUUAAUAACUAUUAGAGUCAUGUACUACUUUAUCUCCUACAUUUAAAAGAAAAAGUGCAUGGUCGCUUUGUCCCUUUUUGUUGUUGUUUUUCCUUAGCCUGCCCUCACUCCCUAGCCUUGCCAAUCUUGAUAGGCUGCAGACAAACUCUGCACUCAGCAGCUUUCGUUCAGCAAGUUGCCAGGAGCCCCUUCCUUAGUCUUUCUUACUAGCAUGUACACGUGUGCUCUGUACAGUACCACAUGUUCUGUACAGUACCGUGUGUGUGCUCCUGUCUAUCUGUAUGUAAGCACACAUCAUCAAUAAAGUAGCCAUUCAACCAGGAGGGUGGAGGUGGCUUUUAAUUUACUCUGUGGGCAUUACUGGACAGGUUUUUUAAAAUAUGAAACUUAACCAUGCAUACUCUGUUGACCAAUUCAUUUUGAGUAUUAAAGUUGUUCCAUUGCUAAUUUAGAUGUUAUACAUCUAAAUUUAGAUGUACUGACUUAAUCACUCAGUUUUGAAAAAUGUGGGUUCUUUUGUUGGUGGUGGUGGUGGUGGCAUAUUUUUUGUUGCUUUUUGUUUUGUUCUUUUUUUCAGCCAAUUCUCCUUUGAGACAAGUCUGUGAAAAUGAAUAAAAAUAUACCCCAAUUGUAAAUGGAUAGAUGUAGAAAGAACCUAGUUUUUAAAGCAAUUUCAAUUUUAAAUACAUGAGACUUUCUGAAUCUUCAGGACUCUUAAAAGCACAUUUGAAUUUAUUUUGGUAAGAAUUUUGUUUUGUGACUGCACAUUGAAUUCUGUUUGUUUGUUUUUUUAAAUAAAUGCAAAGCAUAGAUUUCAAGGAGGGAGGGAGAGUAGCCGGUGGUCCCAGUGCGCUGCUGCUGUUUUAUUAACAAAGGGGAAGAUGUAUAUAAAUAGAUAAAGAUUACCAUAAAUUCCAUGAACUUAAAUCUGUGAUUCAUUGCCUUAAGACUUUCUCUCUUAGAAUUUCCAUACCGCAUGCCAAACCAGUAAAAUGGCUUUUAAAAGAUGUAUAGUAGACCAAUGUCAGUUUGUAUAAAAGUACCAAGUGAAAAUAUUUAUUACAUGCAUUGGAGAAAAGUUGUUUCCCUGUUGAAUGUUACCUGUUUCUGUAGAGCUCUUUAGAUGUAAUAAAAAAGAAGCCUUCAGUUAA